AUGGAUUAUUACAGAAAACAUGCAGCUGUCAUUGUGGCCACACUAUUCGUGUUUCUGCAUGUCCUCAGUUCUUUCCCUGGUGGAGUAUUUGCAAAGCGAGAUUGCCCAGAAUGCAAGUUGAAAGAAAACAAAUACUUUUCCAAGUUUGGCAUCCCAAUAUAUCAGUGCAUGGGCUGCUGCUUCUCCAAAGCAUACCCGACUCCAGUGAGAUCCAAGCAGACAAUGAUAGUACCAAAGAACAUCACCUCAGAGGCCACGUGCUGUGUGGCCAAGGCAUUUACAAAGGUCACAGUAACGGGAAAGACCAAAGUGAACAACCAUACAGAGUGCCACUGCAGUGCCUGUAGUUAUCUUAAUUUUUAA